AUGGUAAAUCACGGCCCUGCGGUUCGAAAUGAAGCUGAGAACUCUGAAACAGCCAUUAAGGCUCGAUUUGGAGCAGAACUCCCGUACAACAUUGGCGCCUGCGACGACCCAUGCUCGUAUUGCGGCGCACUCCAUUGGAAGUUGGAACGCCAACGAGGCACCUUCACUGCGGAAACGGCAGUCUACGCUGCUUGCUGCCAAGAAGGCGCGGUUAAGCUACCCAGCACUACCCAUGAGAACGAACUCACACCAGAAUUUCUAAAGCGGCUCUUAACCGAUCAGGACCGAGCUUCGAAAGAGUUUAGACACGAAAUUCGACGUUAUAACAACUCACUGUCCUUUGCUUCUACCGGUACGAAGCAGGACGUUUCCCGCGAUGACAGUCAACGUCGUCUCGAAGAGCGUCAUUCAGUAAGGUCAAUUCAAUUUUGA